AAAGACUUCAAGUACUGUUUUCCGAGAAUGUUUAAAGGCUUCAAGUUCUGUUUUCCGAGAAUGUUUAAAGGCUUGAAGUUCUGUUUUCCGAAAAUGUAUAAAGGCUUCAAGUUCUGUUUUCCGAGAAUGUUUAAAGACUUCAAGUUCUGUUUUCCGAGAAUGUUUAAAGGCUUCAAGUUCUGUUUUCCGAGAAUGUAUAAAGACUUCAAGUUCUGUUUUCCGAGAAUGUAUAAAGGCUUCAAGUUCUGUUUUCCGAGAAUGUAUAAAGACUUCAAGUUCUGUUUUCCGAGAAUGUAUAAAGACUUCAAGUUCUGUUUUCCGAGAAUGUUUAAAGGCUUCAAGUUCUGUUUUCCGAGAAUGUUUAAAGACUUCAAGUUAGCUAUAUUUUCUUGCUUGAUCUUAAAGGGACUGUUAAGGAAAAAUGAAAGGGGGUAUACGCUGAAACCUAUUUAAUUUAGGGGUUGAUCAAGAACUAAAAGAGUUCUAUUUGAUGUUCCUUUGACAAGCAAUCAGUAUAAAAAUGUGUCAAAGUUAUUCCAAAACUUAUGUAUAUGAGAUUUUGUAUAUGAAUAUUAAAGAAUGUAAGAAAACUAGCCAGUCUCUCCGGAUAAACGGUGUACAAAAUAAACACGAGCAACUCUAUCUGCUCAACCCGAUUAAUACAAGGAUUUGUACAUUUAACUAACUAUUGAGUCUAAAGAUUACUAGUGCUCGGAACAGUAUAACGGUCAGCGCAUUUUCAAAUCAAAAUAUAUUGAUCAGUUUACAAGUUAUAUUUAUAUUUGUCACCAGCAAAUAUACAACUGAUCUGAAAACUAUGAUAACUAAGAGGAGCCUGAAGAACUUAGGUUUGCUUCUGUUAAAAUUUUAUAAUUAAAAUUUUUCUUCUUUUAAAGAUAUAAUUGAUAAUAUAAUUGAAACGUCUGUAUCAUCCGAAUGAUCCGAAUGUUUACCAAUGGCAAUGCAGUAUCUUGGUCACGUGUCUCCGUCUGUAUCAUCACAUGACAUUGGUACUGCACUGUGCGACUGCGCUAAAUUUUAAAUCCUUAUUGCCAGAUGUUCUUGACAAUAUAUAUAAAUACCUGUAAAACUAUUUAUACUUCAGUUAGUCCCGGGCUAGCCCUAGCUAACUCACUUACAAUUUAAUAAAAUCCCAUUUAUGAAAUUGAUUCAUAUUCUUGUUUUAUUUUCUUUCUAUUAACAAAACUAAUGAGAAAUUAUAGAUGAUUUAAAAGUUCUUUUACUAUUUGUAAGAGUCAGUGGUUAUGUGAUCUCCAUGUGGUGGAGGAGAUAGUUCGUUGUCUCUCAGCAGUUUUAGCGCAGCAGAAAAAUUUCCUGAAUAAGUAAAUCUGUAAUUGAAAAAGGGUACUCUACUGUCAUUGAUGGAACUUCUGGUCAUGUGAUACGGACGUAGUCAGACUCCUAGGCGAUGUAUUAUUGAACCGGUCAGGAUUGGGUAAAAUUCUGUUACCGAAAUGGAGGCCUUCGAAAAUUAACGGAUAUUAAAAAACGUGUACAAUGACGGGUUGUACAGCAAGACUGCUCUGUCUAGUACAGGCGGGGCAGUGUCCGGAAACUAGUUUGACCAGUUUACUGCUCCUGCUGCUGCUAGCUGGGCAGGCGCUGGCGGGUAACUUCUACUUCUCCCCAUGGGAGGCUGGGUACAGGAAAGACAGAUUGUUGGAUGAUUGGUACGAUAUGGACUACCUUGGAUCCCCAGCCUUGACGGUCAACCUCUCCAUGAGAUCUUUAGAUUAUCUUCUGGAAAUGGAAUUGAUGGGUUCAGGGCCUGUAGGAUAUUCCAAAUCAAAGAGAAAAUGUAGACCUGUCUGGUCCAGCAUGGAUUUCCUCAUUAUAACAUCAAGUCGGACUUCUGUUUUCCGGUUCCCUGACCAAGAGUUAUUGCGACCAGACGGGAAGUGUGGAGAGGGGUAUCCUGCUCCAGGUACCGAUAUUCCAGCUGGGUGUGAUAGAUCAAGCACUAACAAAUGCUGUUCUGCUUCCAACCAGUGCGGAACUGAUUGUAGCUGCGAAGGCUGUAUUAAUUAUGAUUCAGUCCAAGAUAAAAGAACCUUUGAGUACAGAGUAUUAACCAUUGCAACAGCUGAAGAGUGUGCUCGAAGAUGCAUGCAGUCCCCAGCCUGUGAUAUGUUCUUCAAUGAUGCUACUACUUGCCUGUUUUAUCCAAACAUUAAACUUAAAGGCAGAUUACUUAAACAGGUUGCUGAUGAGUAUGUUGUUCCAAGAUAUUAUCUGCGCAUGUUUGUUCUUGAAUGUGAUGACAGUCAAGCCAACAUAUUGGAGAAUAACGAUUGGGAGAUAACACCUGCUUCAGCUCCAUGGACUGAAACCUUAACAUGUUCUGGAGAAGGGGAUACCAGUGUGUACAGUGGUACUAGGAAGGAAACCCACUUUAAGGCCAUGCUCCCAGCCUGUCCAUCUGGAUGGUGGGAUUUUGAAGGAAAACAAUGUAUUUUCAACUCGGAAGAUCAAACAGUAUAUAAACCCACAGAGUGGUAUUAUCACAACCCCUGCAGAUAUCUGAGACAUGGAAGCGCAAUUUCAUUGGAAAGCAAGUCCAAAUAUGAUUUCAUACAAAGCAAGCUUCCUGCAAGUAAUGUUCCAUGUCAGACUGUUACUCUGCCUGCUGAUCCAGAUCAGUAUCAAACGGGAACAUGUCCAGAUCCCAGUCAGGCUAAAAAGUACAAAUAUCUUUGGACCUCUGCCCAAGAUAUUUGGGAUGAAGAUAAGUUUUACUAUCAAAGUGGAAAUGGUAGGCCAAUGCCUGGGUUUUCAUAUGCUCAAUGGUUCCCAGGGCAACCAAAUAAUGGGGGAGAUACCACACCAGUUGAAAAGGCACCUAAUGGGAAUUGGGAAAUCCAAAAAGAUCGUCCAGGAGAGAACUGUAUUGCUUAUGAAGUAUUGACUAGCACAAUUGAUGACCGACCCUGUCAUGACAAAUACCCAGCACUCUGUGAAAGUGACAAAGUGCUUUCUGCACUGGGUGGCUCAAUGGAAGGCUAUGAUAUUGAGCAUGCUGGCACUUGUAAUGCAGCCUUUUCCUAUACAAUUUCAAGAAUACUUACUCUUGAAGAUACAGAAAUAACAGCUGAAUUCAUUCAAUCCUUCAACCCUCAUGGAUUUCUCAAAGUUUGGGUCAGGUUUGUCAGCAUUGAAAAUGCUUCUGCUUCAGCUUCAAUAACAGCAACUGUCACAGAUUCUUCAUAUUCAACAUUUAAAAAAUCAAUAAAAGUUGAUCGUAAUCUAAAAACGGAGAGUUUCCCAGUUAUUGUACCUCUUGCUCUACUACUAAGGUUUCCACUGGAUAUCAAAGUGAGUGCUAUCACUGAUGGAAGUGGAACUGUUAUGAUCUCCCCAAUAGAGCUCAUAAUUGAACAACCAAUAAAUAUUGGUUGUUUUCAAAUGAGUUCUGGUGAACAAGAGACUCAGCUUGGAUCCAUCCAAGACUGUCUCAUUCAUUGUCAUAAUAUUAAAAUGCGUUUUGCUGUCAUGAUCUCUGGUGACAAGUGCAGCUGUAUAAGCGAAAUCAAUCAUGAUGAUUUUGAGGAACUACCUCAUGGAAGAUGCAAUAGAACUUGUGUGGAUUACACUUUAUUCCCCUGCGGAGGAAUUAAUGCUGCAUCUCUAUACACAGCAGAUUGUGAAGAUGGAUUUCUGAGAUAUGGAAAUCGGUGCUACAAAGACAAAGGUGCAAGUCUUAUGACUCUUGCAGGAAGUUGCUAUUCUGAUGGAGCUGAUGUUUGGGCUCCUAGGUCUUUGGGUGAAGCAGAAGUAAUAACCUCUCUUAUUGGAAGUGUAAAUGAUGUCUACCAUUUUGGCACACAAUCUGCCACUCGUGGGAUAGUAACACAUCUGGAUGGCACAGUAUUUGUUGCCUUUUAUCCAUUAUUCAGUUCAUCUGUGGAAUGGGAUGGUGGAAUUAAACCAGCAGAGCCACUUCCGACCACUAUCUUUCAACAUUGGUCUUCAAACAAGAUACACAGCACAGUAUACACCUCAAAUGUUUCAACAAUAGCUUACUCACACAAUGUUGUUGGUCAGAUAGUGUGUGAAAAACCUAUUGUUGACAGUUAUGGAAACAAGAAGAUCCUUGGUUCCAAGUAUGUUGAAUACAAAUUUUAUGAUGCUGGAGUUGAGUCUCUCAUAGAAGACCCAUCAAUACUUCCAGAAGAACAAGGAGUACCAAUCCGAUUAGAAAUGCUUAAAGGAUCUUGGGCAGGAAAGUGGUUUGAAAUCAGAUUCAAUGAGAGUAUUGUUUUAAACUCAAUUCUGCUAACAAUGAAAAAAGAUUUUUAUAUAAGAACAUUUGGAAUCAGGGUCCCUAUAAUGGUAAAGAAUCAACCAGACUUGAUGUAUUAUAAAAUCUGGACACAUCGCACAAUUGGAGCCACUACAAAUGAUGUUGACGAUCCUAUCAAAAAGAAAAUACCAAUGCCAGAUCCUGUAAUUGUGGACAGGAUACAAUUUCAGAUAUCUUCUACUUCUCAAAUAGUAAAGAUGCGAAUGGAAUUAUUUGGAUUAAAAUUGACAGAUAUUAUUCCUAAGGAUUACUUUAAGGCUGGUGAAUUAAGUCUAGGAAAGGAGUUUGUUACAUCUAGCAAAAAUAUCAAGCUCAGCACCAAUAUUUGUCCACAUGGUGGAAUCCAUAUUUCAGGAACAGUCAAAACUCCCCCAAACAUGGACACAGAAGGAUUAACAAUUAAAAUCAAAGCUGUCGACAAAUCAGAUCUUCUAAGUGUGGCACUUAUAUUCUCGAGUUCUGAAAUCAAGAUACAGAUAGAUUAUUCAGAGAAUGUCAUCUCUCCAGCUAUUCAAUAUGGAGAAAUUGUUGAUGUUUACAUCACAUGCAAACAUUCAAAUUUUGAGGUGUAUGUGAACAACCACCACCAAGGAUUUUCGAAGUCAAGCUAUUCUGAUGGGGAAAUUAGUCCAGAUUCCGUUGACAUCACUUUUGAUUCAUCUGUGAUCAUGAAUAUUCUUUUUGAAACAUUAGGCAAUGAUAUAUCAAUGUUCACUCCACCAGAUCGUGCAAAUAGAUUGGGUUGCAAUGGAACGGUUUGCCACAAGGUGUUGGCUCAUAAGGGAAAAAUCCUGCAAGUCUAUUCCACCCCAAAUAAACAAAAGAUAACUUACCUGACAGGGGAACCUAGCUGGAGGUGCCACCGAACUCCGACAUACAACUUGAAAUGUAAUAUUGUUGGAUUUAACUGGCACACAACUAAAAUGGUUGAACCUGGUCUCCCAACUACUUCUGUUUGCCCUGAAACAGAUGGAAAUGUUGGCGUCGCUGCCCAAUGUGUCAGAGUAAUCAAGCCCCUAUAUUCCUAUCUAGAUGCUGUCAAAGCUUGUGAGACACAUCUAGGAUUGGUGGCUCCUCCAAUUGAUACCAUUCAGUCAACGAUUUUAGGGGUGUAUGCCCAGAGUAUCGGCAUUGAUUCUUUUUGGAUUGGAGUGACUAAAACCAAUGGCAUUUGGUUAAAAACCAAUGGUGAAAUUUUGUCAAAUUAUGAAAUUCAACUUACAAACAACAGCUCUGCUGGUGACUGCAUGAUUGCUGACAAAGAUUUAAAUUACAAACACAAGAUUGUAGACUGCAGUUUACAGUUUUCACACUUCUGUUCCAUCAGCCCAAAUUGCCCUGCUAAUUACACUUGGGUUCCUGAAAUGGGGCGUACAUGCUUACGUAUUGGGGAAUCUCCAGGAACUGUGAAUAGUCGUAUUGACUAUUUUUCAGGGGACAAAUAUUGUGCAAGAAGUGGAACAAGACUGUUUACACCACAUACUCCAGAAGAGCUCAAUACCAUGAUGAGAUGGCUCAAUACUCGGAGAAAUGAGUAUAGUCAUGAUUUUGAUGUGCUUCUAGGUUGGAAAGGAAAUACACAGGGCUAUAACAGGACAUUGUUUCGGUCUCCGUUUAAAAUGAAACCAUCAAGUUUAUCUGAAAUACAAAAUAUUUUAUCCAUGGAAAACAUAACUGAAAAAUGCUUCAGAGUUGGACCUGCCUCAAGUAAAACACCAACCAUUUACAACAAUACAUGCAUUGAUUUUACAAUAGUUAGGUAUGAUGCAAAUGCUGUUCGUCCAAGACGUUGGGACCCAGACAUAAGAACCAUUUGUCAGUUUACUGAAUGUUUGACAACAGAUAAUCGAAUAUGUAAAUUUCCUUUCAAAUAUAAAGGAAGACUUUAUGAUACAUGUAUAACAAUUGACUCAGCUUUUCCAUGGUGUAGUCUCUCUGUUGAUGAAAAAAGAAAUCACAUAGAUCAUGUUAGCAACCAAGGCCGCUGUCAAGAAUCCUGUUUUGUUCAAAACUGUCCUGUUGGGUUUUUCUCUCAUGAAGACACAUGCAUACAUCUUUCAGCUAGAACUUACUCUGAUGUAACUAAUAACAUAGAUGAUGCUGAAGCACAAUGUGUGUCUAAGGGAGCUCGUCUUUACCAACCAAGAGAUUACACAAGCUUUGAAAGUUUAAAGAGCAUGGAAAAUGAAUUUCUAAAACCAGGUUCUCCGCUGUUUUAUUAUUAUUCUACAAAAUCUUUUACUAUUCUGGGUGCAUAUACAGAGAGGGUGUACCCUGGGUUACAGAUUCUAUAUAUGGAUGGAACUAGAGCAUAUAUGAUCGAGAAAAAAAUCUUUUUACAAGGCCCAUUAAAGUCAUCCACAAUAUCGAAUGUGAACAAAUUUACUGGGAAAGCUUGUGUUAUGAUGGAUGAUGGCGGAUUUCUUUCUUUAGAACGUUGUUCAACAUCAUUUUAUUUAGCCUAUAUUUGUGAAGCUAAGACAAUUUUGACUGUUAAAGGACCAGAGAAAAACACAUCUUGUCAUUUUCCUUUCAAGAUAGAAAGCAGUGACAACAUGAUAAGCUCUUGUAUCAUAAAUGAAAACACAGGUGAUCCUUGGUGUGCUACUAAAGUUGAUGAGAAUGGAGUCAUGAUCCCUGAAAAGUGGGGAACAUGCAUUGAUGAAAGAAAAAUUACAUACAGGGGGAGUGGGGAUGGAAAUAAUUGUGAUUUUCCUUUUUUGUAUGAUCGGGUUUGGUAUGAAAAGUGCAUGUAUGGCGACAAAGAUGAGAUCUGGUGUCCAACCAAACUUAAUCCAACAAGAGAAUUUAAUGAAACAAUUGAUGAGUUUGCAUAUUGCACUGAAUUUAUGGGGUCUUCUGGAGGUGAAUGUUCUCCUAAUUAUGACAAAGUAAAUGGUUUAUGUUUGAGAGUUUCUCCUCUACCAGAAACGUUUACGGAUUCUGCAUCAAAGUGUGAAAAGGAGGGGGCUUCCUUAUUGACUAUCGACAGCUUCACUCCCAUUCACCAAAUUAAAGAGUACAUUCAACUUUUGUCUGUUACAAAGACAUUUUUUGAGAAAGAAUAUGCUCCAGAUCUUUCUUCCUAUUGGGUUGGAGGAAUUGUUAAAGACUUCAAAUGGAGGUGGAUGUCCAAUAGUAAAAACUUUACAUCAUACUCUAAUUGGAAGAAUGGAAAAGAAAGUUCAGGAUGCUUAGCAUCAAUUUGUACUGACAACUAUGGCUUAACAAUUGAAAGUGGAACAUUUAACUGGGUUGCAGAAGACAAAGCCAAACUGAAGCCAUAUAUCUGUGAGUCUAAUUGUAAAUUUGGGUACAAGUGGCAUUCCAAUGUAAAGAAAUGCUUGAGAGUUACAGGUCUUGCUGGUGCAGUUUCUUAUACUACAGCAAUUUUAGAGUGUGCACAAGAUAAAGCAAGACUCAUACAUUUCUCUACAUGUGAUGAUUUUAUUGCCUUGUCUAAAGACCUCUGGAAGCUAAAUCAAUCUCCUCUAGAUGAAUAUUGGGUUGGAUUCCUUGGGGGUGGUCUAGAUGAAUAUAGGGCCCGGAGAGUUUCUGCUGAUCAAAGAUUGGGUAACAAGACCAUUUCCUCCAAUGGUUAUGCAGGUGUUUUGGGAUGUUCCUGGUUUACAUCAGUAGAUUUAGGUGCCCAACCAUCCAAAGCUUUCUUAAGAAGUAUGUCAGCUGACCAGAUUACAGUAAGAAUGGAUUUUGUCCCUAUUAAGGAAACUGGAGAUUUAAGUUUAAAAGGUUUUAUUUGUGAAGUUGAAAAAUCAUGGACAUGUCCUGAUAAUUACAUCAUGUUUCAAGAAGAAUGUUAUCUGCUGAUUAACAAUCCACAAUCAUUUACAGAAGCACUAGUUCAUUGUAACACCAACGGAAGCUCCCUUUUUGAACCUAUGACAGAAUUUCAUAUACAGUUUAUUACUGAAUAUCUCAAACAAGAAAUGAUUGGCAGCACAACUGUGUGGACAGGAUACAGGAAGGAAUUAUAUGAAAUGAGUCUGGAUCAAAAUAAAUUUUAUCAUACUUCAGACUAUGUGGAAUCUUUCAGAAAGUUUCCAGGGAUAUCAGGAAGUGGUGACUGUGUUGGAAUGGAAUUACCUACAGCAGAGUUUAAGCUUCGGGAUUGUUCUUUAAAACUGCCAUACAUUUGUCAAGCUUUACAAAGUUCACACCCUGAUUCAAUAGAACUGAUGGGAAUUCCAGAGUAUGUCCAUCCUCUGAAUAAUGUAUCCAAGGACUCCAUUGAAAGAAAUGUAGGGUUCUCAGAUAUUUCAGUUUGGAAUACAGAACUGAACCAGCCAGCCCUAUUUAUGGAAUCUUCAGAGUCUUACAUUGAGGACAGAAAUACUAAGAGUAUUUCUGCCAAAGAAGGGUUAACCAUUGCACUCUGGAUAAAGAUUAAAACAAAUUCCAAUUUAAGUAUACCUAUAUUGGACACUGGUAGUGUGAACCCUUUAUAUCUUUAUUUUAGAAAUCGUCAAGUAAGGUUUAGAUAUUGUGUGAACACAGCUUGCACAGAGGCCAAUGUAAUGAUGUCACAUACAUUGAUUACACUUGAUCAUUGGACAUUUAUUGCUGUAACAUAUGAUACUGUAAAUAAUAUUGGAACUUUUUUCAUUAAUGAAACCUAUGGAUCUAGGGACAUUGAAGGAUCUUUCUUUAGCCUUAACACUGAAGGAUGGUUCCAAAACUAUGCUGUAGGUGAAAGCAUUAAAAUUGGUGCAACAAAUACAGAAGAGCUCGGAUUUCUUGGAGAAAUGUCAUGCCUUCAAAUUUUGAACAAGUACCUGUCCCCAUCACAAGUGUAUCAACUUUCAAAGAUAUGUCAUGUCAAUGCCAGCUAUGAAAGAGCAAAGCCUUGUCCUGCAGGUUACCAUCUUCUUCAUGAUUAUUGUUAUAAACUAUCAGCAUCGGCACUGAGCUUCAGUGAUGCUGAACUUAACUGUACUUCAAAUCCAAAUGAAGCCUAUGUAACUAGACUUACCAUACCAGUAAACCAUCAGAUUCGGGAGAUUAUUGGUCUCAUUGCAAGGCAAUCAGUCAAUACCAGUCAUCUUUGGAUUGGAUUAGAUGCAUUUUCAGUACAUCCUAUUGGAACCAAAUGGAUCGACAGUUUUGGUACCGAGAGAACAGAUAUCCCAUGGGCCGAAAAUCAACCAAAUUCAUCUUUUCACUGUGUUGUCAUGGAUCUCACAUUAAACUUUAAAUAUAAAAGUGUAUCCUGUGAUGAAAGCUAUUUUUUCUUUUGCUCGACUCCUAAGAAUCCCAAGUUUGUAUGCCCUGAAGAUCAUUUCAGUUACAAGGGAAAAUGCAUCUUCAAGAGUACAGAGAUGAAAUCUUUAACUGAAGCAAAGCACACAUGUGCACUAAGAGGAGGAAUAGUGUUACCUUUAAAAAGUAAGGGUAUAUAUUCAUUCAUGAGAAAAUAUCUUUCAAUGGUACAGAGUAGAAAUGUUUAUGUUGGACUAAACAUGACUUCAAAGAUUAACCUAUUCACUGACGGUUCAUUGUACUCUUCUCAAUCCUAUGACUAUGAUGGAGAAGGUUCUAAACUUGAUGGACAUGAUUGUGCCUACCUCAAGGAAGGAAUCUGGUUUAAACCAAGAGGAAGCUCUUGUGUGGAAAAAUAUGAGUUUAUGUGCUUAUGGACUCCUCCAAAUUGUCCACCAGGGUUUGAUUUAUAUCCAGCUGAAAAAGAUGGGAAAACUUGCUAUUCAAUAUCUCAAGGAAUUUCUGAAUUUUCUGAUGAUAUCUGCAAAAGUAGCACUAACAAUUUGCAAAGAAGAGCACUCCCUAAAGAUCUCAAUGUUAUUCAGAAAGUAUUCCAAUGGAGUAGUCCAACAUGGGUAGAUGGAAGUACAGAGGAUGGAUUUACCUGGUCCUCGCAGAAUGAACGAAUCAAUGAUUUUGAUGCUCAUUUGGAUAUUAUUGACUUUUCCAAAGAACGUUCCUGGGUUUCUGCUGAAAAAAGUAAAGGAUACUUUAUGGAGGAUUCAACAAGAGCUACAACUCAACUCAAAUUCAAACCAAGUAUUUGCAGAACCUCAAAACAAGAAGUCUUCAACAUAAAUGGAACCUUUCUAACCAAAAGGCUUGAUACAAAUAAACCAGUGGUAAAAUUAUCCGGGGAUUCCAUGCAAAUUAAAUGGAUUUUCCAUAAAGGUGGGAUUGAUUCUACAGAUGCUGAUCAAACAAAUACAUUUUCAUUAAACAGUGUGAUAGGAACCAAUGUCACUAACUCUCCUGAGCUACAACUCACUGGUCACGAACUUGAAAACUCUUUGAAUUUUUUCUUAACACUGUCAUGUGAUUUCUCUGAAUUUACAGUAACUUUUAAUAAUUUGUGGAGCCAAUCUAUUGGAUAUAAUUCCACACUUCUGGAUGAAUUCACAGAGUUAACUAUUUCUGGGGCAGUGUCAAUACAUAAAGCUGGAUAUGGAGGAAAGGGUUGUCUGACUCUUGCACAGAAUGGAAGAAUAAUUCCAAAUUAUGGCCAUGAAUGUAAGAAGUCUCUUCCCAGCAUUUGUGAGUUUCAAGCUUGCUAUACCCAAGAUGGCUUUUCUUGCAUAAUUCCAUUUACUUACAAGAAUGUUUUGUAUAAAAAUUGCACAUCUCAAGACUUGUAUAAACCUUGGUGCCCCACAGGAUUAGACUUCCACGGUAAUAUAACAUCAUGGGGUUUUUGUUUGGAAGACUGUCCCUUUGAACCACCAUCUCCUUCCUGCUUAGAACCUCCUCCGGUACCAUCAUUUGCAUCCUUUGGCAGUGAUGAGAAGAAUUUUUAUUCUUCCUGGUUUGAGAUUCAUGCACAAGAAGACUCAGUUUAUAAAUUAACAAAUGUCCGGAUUAGGCAACAUCAUCCUGAAUGGUUCUAUGACAAGUUGAAUAUAACGGAUGAAGUUCAAAUUUUUACAUCAAAUAGUUCUGCCAAUUUUAAGGAAAUCUAUGGAACAAUGCCUAAAGGAACGAUUGUGAAUUAUACUUGCCCUCUAGGAUAUGUUUUUAAUGAUUCCUUCAAUAUAUUUUUUGAGGCUGUUUGCCAAAAUUGGACUUGGAUUUCCUCCUUCAAUAAUGCAUCCAAAUGUGUUCCUGUUGUGUGCGAUGAAGAGGUUCCUCAAAGUCCAAAUAAUACUAUCAAAGCAACUAAUGAUGCUCUCAGCAGAAGAAAAUCUGAACCUGACUGGAACUCCUAUUUAAAAAAAGUCAAGUACUCUUGUCCUCCUGGUCACGUAUUGGAACAACCUAAUAAUGACACUGAACAGGAUCUUGGGAUAGCAGAGUUUGAAGUUAUGUGUGACUCUGAUAGACAUUGGAGACCUGUUCUGUCCUAUAAUCCUUUCCCAAACCCUCCAAUUAUGCCAGAAUGUAUACCUAUCAACUGUACAGCUCCCUACAUUAUACCAAAAAAUGGUCAGGCUACCAUGAAUUGGACUGAAGUCAUUGGAAUGUCUCGGCCUUAUGGAAGCAUAAUUGAAUAUCAGUGCACAAUGAAGGGAUGGGGUUACAUGCAUAAUGGUUUAAGCCAGACUAUUUCAUCAUGUCUUAGUAAUGGAGAAUGGAAUGUCACUGACGUGCCUUCAUGCAUUAAACUGCCAUGUCCUGACCAGCCUCCACCUAUUCCAGAAGGUUCUGGAGCAAUGAGGAUUUACAACCCUGAUGUGACCAGGUACAAAUGCAAGAAUGGUUACAUGUUCUCAAAUGGAGAUUUUCCUUUCUUGGAUAAUGAAUGCCUUCCAACUAAGAAAUGGUCAAUGAGUAUUCUAUUACCUUGUAUAAAGAGAAGGUGCACAGAGCCCCCUCCUCCUCCUCUGUACAAGUAUGAAAGGAUCUGGUUCAACAAAGUAAAUGAACUUGGAGACAAGGUUAUCUAUCGAUGUCCAGCAGGGAAGCUCUUAGACAUUCCACUUCCUUCUGGGUACCCGGCUCUGAACGGAUGGAACUGGGGACGAUAUGGAACAAUGGCACAUCCUCAAAGGGAUCAAGAAGUAUUCUGUGUGUGGAAGCAUGAUAUUAGUCAAGGGUUUAAUGAUUCAAUGGUAUGGUGGCCUCAGACACUCCAACCUUGUAAUGGUAAGGUCAAACUAUUGAGAAGAAAGAAUAAGAAUGUACAAUAUAAAGAAAAAAGUUUCUCUAACACCUUUAUUUUCAUGCUUCAUGGAAUCAACGUGGCAUAACAUAAAUAAAAAACUUCAGUUAUUUCGUUUUUUAUUUACGUUAUUUACCACAAUGGCCUUUUCUGUAUAGUAACAGGUAAGAAAUUAUUUUUAUAUCAAGGGAAAAAAAUGCCAAAAAAUAAUUAAAUAGAGCCUAGCGGAAUAUCUUAGCCUUAAUGUAUCUGUACAUAUAGCCUAAGCUAAUCUGCAAAACAAUAAAAACUAUUAUUAUGAUAUCGUAAUCGUGUCUCCAGAUAAUAAUGUUGUUUAUGUAUAUUGUGAUAAUUAUAAUAUUGUAUUAACUCUUUUAUUAAUAGGAGGAAGGACUUUAUAUAUAAAGGUAUUAUACACAUUUUUAGAUUCUUUCUAGGUUUAAAUCUUUUCAGUCUAGGUUUGCCAGGAAAUGAUUAAAAAAAGAGGAUUUUGAGAAAAUAUUUGAAAGAGAUGCAGCUUAAAUAUCUGUGUUAAGACUGAAAACCUUUUUUUAAUACAGUGAUAACCAGAAAACUAUAGAAUGGUAACACGACAUUAAAGUAAAACAGAAGUGCCUUCAAAGCACAUAUUUUUACUAUAAAGGCUAUCAAAUUAUUUAAUAAGUGAAAUGGGUCUGUUUACGCUGCACAAUUGCUGUGUCUUAUGUCGACUUCCUAUUCCAGAGUUUGAUGAAUAUCAUUGUUUAUGUAUACUGUAUUUUUGAUAAAAUUCUAU